AUGAGGGCUUUCCAUGUACUUUGCGCAUCAGCAGCAUUACUCGUCCAGGUACAAGCAAUUUGGCCUUUUGAUUCAGAUAGUUCAAGCACCAACAGCGACUCAACUGAGACAAGUGCACCUUCUGAUGGUGGUGAAUCAUGGAUCCAAUCAGUAGUGGGUAAUUUUGGUGGAAGUGAAAGUGCAUCCAGUAACACAGACGCAGCUGCUUCAACUGACGAUUCUAAUCCUUAUGCACCUUAUAAUAGCACGUGUCCAUCAGAAUCUCUAACACGAGAUGCAAACGAUAUUUCAGACUUGGAAAAGGAGUAUAUUCAAAAAAGACAAGAAAUAACCAAUAAGAACUUGAUUAACUUUUUACAAAACAAAUCAAAUUUAACUGACUUUGAUGCGGAGUCAUUUAUAAAUGAUAAUGCUAAGGAUCAUAAUAUCACUAUUGGAUUAUCUUUUAGUGGUGGUGGAUACAGAGCUAUGUUGUGUGGGGCAGGUCAGCUUCUAGCAACCGAUGAUAGGUAUGAAGGUGCCAACGAUCAUGGUGUUGGUGGUUUACUUCAAUCGGCAACUUACAUCACUGGUCUUUCCGGUGGUAAUUGGCUUGUUGGUAGUUUGGUAAUGAACAAUUGGCUUUCAGUUGCAGAAAUUGUCAAUGGAAGCUCGACAAUCUGGCAACUUGAAGAUUCAAUAUUAAAUCCUAGCGGUAUUCGUAUUGACAAGACAAUUGCAUACUAUUAUGGUCUACGAGAAGCUGUUACAGCAAAAGAUGAUGCUGGCUUUGAUACCACAAUCACUGACAUUUGGGGUAGGGCUUUGUCUUAUCAAUUCUUUCCUGAUGAGAGUGGUGGAGAAAAUAUUACGUGGUCAAGUGUUCGAAACAUGUCACAUUUCAAAGACCACACCAUGCCUUACUUUCUUGUCGUUAGUAAUGCUAGGCGUCCCGGUGACUUGAUUAUUAAUGAAAAUAGUACUGUCAUUGAGAUUUCAGCUCAUGAAUUGGGACUGUGGGAUCCAUCGCUUAAUGCGUUUACAGAUGUCGAGUAUUUGGGGUCGUCAGUGGAUUCGGGAAACCCGAAUGACACCAAUGUGUGUGUGCGUAAUUUCGAUAAUGCGGGAUUCAUUAUGGGCACAUCUUCAUCAUUGUUCAAUCAAGUUUUACUUCAGUUGGGUGAUUACGAUAUCAAUAGUGUUAUUAAAUCAAUUUUGACUGGUUUGUUAUCACGUAUAAGUUAUGCUGAGUGGGAUAUAGCUUCAUACGAACCGAACCCAUUCUUUGGACAGCAAAGUGGUGAAUCCGUUGCUAUGGUUAGGAAUGAGACGUUGUUUUUAGUGGAUGGGGGUGAAGAUUUGCAAAACGUUCCAUUUUACCCAUUAAUUCAAAAUACUCGUGAUGUCGAUGUGAUUUUCGCAUUUGACAAUUCAGCAGAUACUAAUGAAAGUUGGCCCAAUGCCACAUCAAUUAUUCUGACUUACAAAAGACAGUUUGCGGAACAAGGAAAAGGUACACCUUUCCCAUUUGUUCCUGAUGUUGAUAAAUUUCUUGACGAAGAUUUGUCUUCAAAACCAGUUUUCUUUGGAUGUAAUGCUUCUGACUUGGAUGCAUUGAUAAAAUGGCACAACAACAGCGAUAUAAACGCCACUGACGUCCCGUUGGUUGUUUACGUGUCAAACCAUCACCAAUCGUAUUAUUCAAACUUUUCCACUUUUAAGUUAUCCUAUGAAGAUGCCGAAAAAUAUGGAACCAUCAGAAAUGGGUUUGAAGUCAUGUCAAGAAACAACUUGACUGAUGAUAGCAAUUGGUUAACAUGUGUUGGAUGUGCCAUAAUACGAAGACAACAAGAGAGAUUUGGACAAGAGCAAAGUGAUGAAUGCAAAAAGUGUUUUCAAGAGUAUUGUUGGAGUGGUGGAGUUAAGGAUGCCGCUCCUGUGAGCAGCGCUAGCGGAUUAAGCGACAUCACAGGACUCAGAACAUCAUCCGUGGUGUCCACAGCAACUACUUCAGGUUCUACAUCUGGUCAAACCUCAGCUGCAUCAUCAGGUAGCGAAACCACGUCCUCUGAAAGCCCCUCCUCUUCAGAGAAGAAGAAUGAUGGAGCGAUCAAUGGAGGACAACCGUCAUUUUUUUUCUUAUUAGGUAAUUUAUUAUUAGCCGUGUUGGCUAAUUAA